GGGACGGUGUACAUGGGAAGGUACAUUCCAUCGUGUACGUACCUGACUUGCCUUUCCCCUCUUGGUCGCUUCCCAAAAUACACUUAACUUAGGUUGCCUCCACAUGAGGUAGGGGAGGCACGGAUACCUCUUGGCCUAGCGAGGUGGUGAGCAGACAGGUCAGCACGCCGUACCUGAGGCCAUGUAGGCGAGUCAACGCACCACACUCAAUGCGGCGAGAGAACGUGGAAGGAAAGCGACAAGGGAUCCGUGCCGUGGCUACCGCUGUCAGUGGGAAAGUCUCACAAUCGAGAUGCCUUCCACGGCACUACACAAGGCGAAAAAGCAAAACACCAUGCCAGGGCCUGCAACAACGGCUUUUCCGACUGGUCCAGCUCAACCCAGCCGUCCUGUGUACUUCUCUCCUGCCGUACUCGUUUCUCGAGACAACCGAGGUGGCUUUUCAGAUCUUCCAACGGCAACGACGCCUUUGGUCAGCACCAAUACCAAGACACCAAGACACCAAAUCACCACCUCUCAAUGACCUGCGCCCAACCUACGCCCUGUGCAUCGCCCUGCCUCACUACAACCCAAACGCACAGCACAUACCCAGGCCUCCCCUAGAUCUACCUAGAUGGACCCAAUGCAACGCCAAACGCUUGUGGGCAUGCACUGUGAGCUACCGAGACCGCCGCACGGGAGGUUCGAGUACCGACCCGGACACUCGCUGUAGCACAAUGCUCCAACUCCGAGUUGCGUUCGGACUCCAUCCUUUGCCAGCCCGAGGCCGAACUGCCGCAGCGCUGGCUUCCUCACCACUACAAUCGGAUCGAGUACCUGGCGUCGUCGACUCGCCGCGACAGGCCCGGCGAGGGAUCUGAGAAUCCACCCCCCCCCCCCAGUCCCGUCCCGUCCAACAGGACGUCCGGUGGUUUAGUCCCCGGUGGAUACGACCAAGCACCGGCCUGCUGUUGGCCCUGCGCAUGCGCGUCCCGUUUCUUUGUCCAGAUGCUGCUGGCAUCCCUGGCAGCCUCUCACAUGCACACUUCGCAGGCCCCACUGGCUUGCCGUCCUGGCUCAGACGCUCAUCGCAGAUUCUGACACUGACGCGCGCAUCAAUUUCAACCAGUACAGUACUGCACAGGCCUGGUGUAAUUCCGUUUCUGGGGCCUGGAAGGCGAUGCCCGGGUAUAUUC